AUGGGAAAAGACAUUGUUUAUGAAGAUUUAAAGAUCAAAAACUUCAACGAUGUUGUUAUUCCAGAACCAUUUCAACUAUUAUAUGAAGCAGAAACUCAUUACUUUAAUCUCAACUCCGAAAAUUUCGAAGAAUCAAUCAAAUUCUUUGAACAUUUCAUUAAAGAUGGUCCAGGAGAAACGCAAGAAGACAAUUUCAAAUACCUUUUAGAAUUGUUCAAAGAUGGCAAUUUACUUAAAAGAUAUUCCGAUAAUUUACAUUUUCGAAUGCUUCAGACUCUCAAUAAUAUUUUUAAACCAACAAUCAAAGCAAGGAAUAGUAGGUUCUAUCGUACAGCAGCUUGUGCUGGAAUAAAUGUUGAACUCCCUCCAAAACUCGCAGAAUGGAACGAAAAACCAGAAAUUAAAGAACACGUACCACCAGGAAAAUUAGAUCAAAUCUUAAUUGAUGAUGAUGUCUCAAAGUUUCAACAAUUUUAUGAUGAUUACGAAUUAAAGAGUUCAUUCUUAAAUUCAAAUAGAAUAUUUCAUAAACCUUCAAUUAACAUUAUCAAAUACUUACUUAUUAGUAAUGAAUUUGACAAACACUUUCAUGAUGAACCAAAAUCAAAGAAAUUAAUCUCCAAGUCUGCAAUUUCAGCAGGGAAUCUAGAAAUUAUACGAUUAUUUGAACAAAAAGGUAUUAAAUAUGAUAAUCGUUUAUCAAAUGCAUUUGAAUCACGAAAUCCUGAUUUAAUUAAUUGGCUUCUUGAGAAUUAUCAACAAGAAAAUGUUAAUUAUGUCAUGUUAUCUAACAUUAAAUCCAUUAUUUUCUGUUUGGAGAACCAUAUUUCUAAUUCUUACUAUAAUAUUAUUGAAAUUUAUUAUGAAUCAAAAUUUAAAUCAAUUCUUGAAUACAUGACUCAAUUCAAUUUACCAAUACAACAAGCAUUAAUAAGAUUUAACCCAGGCCGAACUGAUGAUUUGGUAUCAAUUAUUUCCGAUUCUUUAAUCAACAAAAGAUUUGAUUAUUUCAACAUUUUAUAUGAUUUAGGAUUAACUUAUUCUUAUAAUUGUGUUUUCAAACAUCCUAUUUCAUAUUUGAUUUAUCAUGAUGUUUCUGAUUUAGAUCUUUAUGAAAAAGCUUAUCAAAUUGCUAAAAGAUGUACUGGAUCUUUAUUUGAAUUGAUAGGCUAUGUUGUUCCAAAAGUUUUACAAAACAUGGAUUUGUUGAAAUUUUUCUUAGAACGAAAAAUUUUUACUCCAAUGUUGAAAGAUAUUUUAAAUUCUUGUGGUCUUGAAGAGAUGCAAUACAUAUUUGAUAAUUUCCAAAGUUUCGAUAUCAAGGAGUUUGACAAAAUAUUUUCCAAAGAUGAUAACUAUUCGUGUAAACCAGAGUUGGUUUAUUUUAUUGUUCAAAAUUAUCAAGUCAAAUUAGUAGUAGGAUAUGAUGGGUUUUGUGACUUUUUUUGUUACAUCUAUAUAUAG